GCGUGGUGAGGGGAGGAGGUGGGGAGAAAGAAGGGGAGGAGGGGGGGAGGGGGGUGGCGGCUGGGUAGGGGCGCGCAGGCCCGGGCGUGAUGGAUCGAGUGAAAGCAGAGAAAGAGGCCGUGCUCCCGUCGUUUUGGAUUGAGUACUUGUUGCUUCCGGAGAAGCUCGACGAACAUCUUGCUGACGUGGCGGCAGGUGUGGCAAUUAGGCCAUCCCCUGUGGAGUUGAUCACGACGUUCCUUGAGCAGGCUAACAACAGCAGCCGAAAUGUCGUUGCUGCCGCCAACGCCGCCGCUGCCAUUGCCGUCGCAGCUCCCAGUUCCACAUCUGCCGCCUCCAGAAGUCAGGAUGGCGGCGCUUCGAUAGGUGGAGGCGCCAGCUCCCAGGAGAAAAUCGCCGCCUUGUUAUGCGAACGAGCAGCGCGCGUGGCUGUGGCGGCCGAUUUCUCGCUUGCAGAUGUUGAGGGUAGCAUCCCUCUUCAUCUGCAGAUCCCGUUGCUCAAGGCGCUCGAGAGCCACGAUGGAAGUCGAGCAUUGCGCCAUCGCUGCGAUCUCCACCGGUGGUUCGUACGCAAGGCGCUCCAGGCUUAUCCGGUUGGAUCGGCGAUGAUGGGAGGAGUGGGCGGAGGAGCAGGUGGUGUCGGGGGAGGUGGGGGGACGUCGGCGGGAGUUGGCGGCUCGGCAGUCUCAGGCGGCGGUGGAGGGGCCUUCACCAGGGGCGGGGCCGGCGGGGGUUUGAAUGCAGGCUGGGGUGCUGACGACAAAGACGGAGGUGUGCGCGUGCCUUCCAUGGGGAGUGCGGGGGGCGCCUCGCUCGCCGAUGCCCUGGAAACAGCGCAACGAAUCCUCUCUAUCUCGGGUCUGAGCAGCGAUCUCCCGCGAGACGAGGGCGCAGCGGUCACCUUUGUCGAGCGCGUCCUUGCAGAUCAAGCCGGUGACCUGGCUGUGGAUUCCCUUGUAGGAGAGAGAGCAACUGACGGAGGAGGAGGAGGAGGAGGAGGAGGAAGAGGAGGAGGAAGAGGAGGAGGAAGAGAGGAUGUUAUUCCCAAGCAGCCGGGGAAUUUUGAGGUCGGCGAAGUGGAGCUUAUAAGAGCUGAAGGAGAAGGGUCGUUAGAUGGAGAAGAGGAGGAGGAGGAGGAUGACGAUGAUGAUGAUGAUGAUGAUGAUGAUGAUGAUGAGGAGGAGGAGGAGCAGGAGGAGGAGAAAAAAGAGGAGGAGAAUGCAAGUAGAAAACUGCGCAAGUCAGAGAAUGGGGCAAGGAUGACCGGAGGGCGGUUGGGAAGCGACGAUGGGUGGAAGGGGAGGAAGGGAGAGACACUUGGUCCUCGGUACCUGUUUGAGGUGAUGCUGGACGUGGGCGAGAGUCACUUCAUGAGAGGACGAUUGGAGAGAGCGCUACGAUGCUUUGCACGAGCGGCAGAGGUACUCCGGAGCCAAAUGGAGGAAGAGUUGGCGGAGGGGAGAAGUGGGAGGAAGGAGGUGGAAGUGCAAGACGAGUCAGUGAGCGGGAGGGAAAGAGGGAGGGGAGGGAGAAAGUGGCAAACGAGCAUAGCAAGCUGGGAUGGAACUGAUAGGUUGGGAGGGUUCAUCAUGGCCUGCAGGAUGUUGAUGAAAGGAGGGUGUGUGGAGGCUGAGGUGGGAGAGAGAGUACCUUCUCAUGGAGGAGGAGGAGAGAGAGCGGAAUCAGGGCCCACGGGAAUGGAGUGGGAAGAGAGAGGAAGGGGGACCUCCUGGUCUGUGGAGGCGGACUUGUUGUGCUCUCUGGGCGCAUUGAACGAUUCUCGCGAGGCGAUCGUUCGUUGUGAGGAUGAGCGGCUCAGAUUGCAUGUGGUCCAAGAGCAAGAGAGAACAGCAGCGGGGGCGGAGGAGAGAGAGAAUGGAGGUGGUGGUGUGUCUUCUUCAGGGGCAGGGGCAGCAAUUCUCUCCACGUUACGGGAGGACCUCAUAGGCGAUCACCCACCCUACCUCUCUUGGGGGUACCGAGAUUCUCUGGAGGGAGACAGCCAGCUUCCGUCCGAUUUGCUGCGGCAGAUAGGGGCGUUUAACAUAGUGAAAGAAGCAUUGGAAGGGACGGCGAUGGAGGCGUUUCAGAGGAGGGGGGCACGGUUCAGGGGUGACAGGAAGGGGAUCAAGUUCUUGAUGGGUCUGCUGGGAGAGGCGUUGGUAAUCAAGAAGGCGGCAUCUAGGAAGAGGGCGAAGGAGAGGAGGAGGAGGAGGAGGAGGAGGAGGAGGGUAAGGGGAGUGGAAGAGAAGGAGGGUGGGGGGAAGAUUGGUGGGAAGGUCGCAUCAUUGCCGGCGGAGGGGAGUCGAAAGAGGAGGAGGAUAACGACGGGGGAGGAACAGAAGCAUGAGGGUCUUGGCCAUGGAGACGUCUUGGCUGCAUGUUUCCGUGAUAGAAUGGUGGUGGAUGACAAAGAGGCGGAAGGAGAGGAGCAGCAGCAGCAGCAGCAGCAGCAGCAGCAGCAGGAGGAGGAGGAGGAGGAGGAGGAGGAGGAGGAGGAGGAGGAGGAGGAGGAAGUGGAAGAAGAUGCUACUGCAAGAAGACAAGGAGAAAGGCUGAAAGAGCUGGCCGUUAUCAUCUGCUGCUCCUUUGACGAACGUUUUUGCUGGGAGCUUGCUGUCAGGCAUGGGCUCGUCUCGUGGGAGAGGGCAUCCAAGCUGGCUGGUUACCCUAUCCGGCUACGAGACGAAGGGGCUGCAGAGAUCACCAAUCUUGAUAAGAAAAAGGGAGGGAGGAAAGGGGAUGCAGAUGGGAUAGCAUGGUUGUGGUUGGCUGAAACCAGGGGGGGGGAACUCGUUGGAGAGGGCCCGCGAUCGAGCAUUGAGGUUAAUGUGACUGAGCGGGAGGUGGUAGAUGUACGGACCAGCACUACUCCUACUCCUACUACUACUGCUGCUGCUGCUGCUGCUACUGGGUCAUUUACUACUACUACUACUACUGCUGCUGCUGCUGCUACUGGGUCACUUACUACUACUACUACUACUGCUGCUGCUGCUAUUGCUGCUGCUGCUACUGGGUCAUUUACUACUACUACUACUACUACUGCUGCUGCUGCUACUGGGUCAUUUUCUACUACUACUACUACUGCUGCUGCUUCUACUGGGUCAUUUACUACUACUACUACUACUACUACUACUACUACUACUACUACUACUACUACUGCUGCUGCUGCUGCUGCUGCUGCUGCUGCUGCUGCUACUGGGUCAUUUACUGCUACUGCUACUGCUAAUGGGUCAUUGAUUCCGGGUGAGGGGAGGGAGAGAGAGGAGAGCAGUCCUGUUGUGGGGAGGGAAGAAGGAGCAGGCAAAAAUUGCAUGUUUUCCACUAGUGAGGCCACAUAUGGGCUCCCGGUCGAACGAGGAGAACAGCGAUCUGUAGGCAGUCCUUGUACGCAAAGGGAAGGAAAUGAGCGAGUUCGGCAGCAGCCUGGAAGUUGGUAUCCCGACGAGACGGGAAGGGCGAGGCAAUUGCGACUGGGAGAAGAGGGAGAGGUUGAGGCGCAGAACGUUACGAGAGCUCCUGAGGUGCAGAUUGACAAGCAGCCAGAAGAAGAUCUGAUCCUGUACCGCUCCUCACAGGACCACGACCAUGGCAGUCAGUCGAAUCAGCCGUUGCUGAUGUUGCACUCAUGGCAUCAUCAAGUGUGUCUUCUGUUUCGUCUCCUCCAUUCAGAUACCUUGUCGGAGAUCCAGGACUUGGUCGUCGAAGCAAAGAAGGGUUUGGCCAUUCUUGGCACGGAGCAUCCCAUCUCCCAUCUCCCUUCGACAGCAAGAUUGAACACGGUUCCUGUCUUGGGAGAAGAGGAGGAGGAGGAGCAGCAGGAGGCAAAGCGAUCACAUGCUGGACAGUUGGCUGCACAGAAGAGUGCGGCUCAGUCCACUCAUCUGGUCCAGCUUUUGCCUUUCCUAGAGUUUGACGUGGCAACAAUGCUGCACCAACGAGGCCGUGUUCUUGAGCGUUGCGGGUGGAUGGAUCAAGCGGACAAGCUGUAUAAUGCGGCGCUUGCUGUGUGGCCAGAGGAUGUCUGCAGCCAUUCGAAGGCGUGGAUGAUGAGGCGGCUGCAGGCCGGUGGCGCAAGUGCGAGUGUGGUGGACGAUGGGAGCAGAUCCAGCGAGCAAGAGGAGAAAGACGUGGGCUUUCUGAGCGAGAAGUCGGCUGCGAAGGCGUUCAGCGGGGUUCCCAAAUUUGAUUGCAUGGAGGGGAUUAUCUUGCGCCUAGUGGAUGCAGAAAAGUGGAGGGAGCUUUUGGAUAUAUGCGACUGGGCUGCGAGGCGUGUAAAUUUUAUUAUGGUGCAGAAGGAAGGUGAAAGUCAAGCUCUGGGUAGUUUGCAGGAAGCCCCCAGGAAGGCGGCUGAGUAUGGCGCCCGUUGGAGACGGUACAUGCAGAUGCUACGACUGGGAAGGAUACUAUCGACUCUGAUGCCGAUGUGUCUGUCAUUGCAGGCAGCACAGAGGAACCAGUUUACUGAGGAAGGGAAGAGGUUGAGUACGCUGGCUUGGCAGCGCUUCGAAGACUUCAUGUGCAUUCUCGCAGGAGGAGGGGAAGAGACCGAGGGGGUGGGGUUUGGGGAAGAUGGGUUGACUCCAUUUCCCAGGCCAAUGCUUCCAGCACCGCCCUUCCCUGGUGCGGCGGCGAUUCCUGUCAUUUCCAAGAUCGGAAAUGUGCGUGUGCUGCAAAGUCUGGCUUGUUUGACGGCGGGGUGGCUUCAUCGUUGUCACUUUGCUGGGCUGUCGAAACUGCCGUUGGCGGUAGAUCGAUACGGCUUUCUUGCGAACGUCACAGCCAAUCCCUUGCUCCCAUCUCAAGGCGUUUCGGCGUCCCCAGCGGGGCUGGGCGCAGGAGGCGUCGGAGCAAUGCCCGUGACUCCUGGCACAGUCUACCGGAAGCCCUCGCCCGUGGCCCCGAGGGUUAUUCCUGAAUUUGGGCGUGCAAUCUUCAAAGUGUUUUUGGAGGGGCUAGCUGGGCUCAGGGGAGCUGUCGAGGAAGAUCGCGAAAGGGGUCAUCGGUGGCUACAAGGUCUUGCUGAUCUUGCGUAUGAAUCAGAAGCGUAUGUGGAAGCCCUGCAGCUGUAUCUCCAGGCCGGUGCAAUUCGCAGCAGCUAUUUCUGUGACCGCAAGAGGAUUCGCGAUGUGUUCACUCCAUGGGUGGUCAAACGGAUGGUCGUCGCCUGCAGAGCGAUCGGAGCAGCGGUGCAAGCAGCUGUCCUCUGUCAGUGUCUCCCAGUCGCAGACCAUGAGACAGCUUUCAAGGCACUACAGGAAAGUUCGAUCAUUGGCGAUAGAGAUGCAGCCGCCUACUUCGAAUGUCUGUGGGAGGUACCUAUACUAGAGCUCCUUGUCCACAUGCAUGCGAAAAGCGGAGACGAAGGUCGUGUUAAUACGCUCGUCUCACUGCUCCAGCAACCUUCGCUGAAUGUGAACAAUCCUCUUCAAGUCCGAUCGCAGCACAAAGCGGCGCUAGAGCAAAGGUUUCUUCUUCGGUUUUCAGCAGAGUUGCUUGGGGGUUAUGUUGAGCAGGGAAUUUUAUGUCCAUAAAACUUGUACAGGUAGGUGUUGGCAUCCGCAAUGGUCUGCGUAAAUGUUUGCUAUCGGAGGGGGGGAAGUCGGAUAUCUAUGAUAGUAUGAUGUGGUUGUGUGUGCCUUCUACGCAAUGUAGCGGCUGUAGUCAGAGGCCACAAAGUGUGAGAUUCUGGUUAAUUAAAUGUGUAAAGCGGAGCUCAUGUUAUGUUAAUUUCGAUGCGGAACUGAAUGAGAGGGGUUUGCUAGGGCUGAAUGUUUGCCUUCAAUAUAUAUGCAUGAAUUGUGUUUUAAACUUUUAAUGCGACCUGUGCACGCACGUCGGGUAGUAUGAGAGGGGUGGGUGGCUGUUGUUGCCUCCUCAAUGGCCAUUUGAACGAUGAGAAGCAUCUGUGCACACACUUGAGGGAGCGGGUAGAACUAUGGCACUUUUUCGUAGUGUGAUUAGUUCGGUGCAUUCUGAGGUGGCAAAGGGGAAUGCUGGUCUUCUCAUGUGGGGCAACUUUCCGACCAGAUGCAGCAAUAAUCACAGUGCGUUUUCGUUGGGUGAAGAGGGUAGGCGUCUUCGUCUUCCUGCGUGUACAGGGGAAGUAUUUUUCUGACUCUGGUUUUAGGCAUUUUGAAAAUGCAAGAAAGUUUGUGCGCAACUUGACAGAAUGAGAAAUGAGAACCACACAUUAUUUCAGCAAAGGGGGAGACCGGAGACCAAAUCUUGGCCUCAUAUAUCAGUGUGCAGCAAGUCAGUGUGUCACAGCUGUUCCAGAAAUUGUCUUCUACAUUCACUCAGCUAGAAGGGGUAGACGAAGAGGAGGAGAGACAAUUAGGGUUGUUGUGAUAUUGACUGAUAACUGCAAUGCUCGCCAACGUACGUAGCGGGGGGUGUCGACGUAACGGUCUAUGAUAAUUACGUAACAAGACAUCAGGUACUACACCAACGUUUGGUCUGGGUGGAAAGAAAUGACAGUUAAUACCGAAUUCUUCACUCCAUUUAUCUGGAUUCAUGAUCCACCGGCAUUGGAGCGCAGGUCUGUAUUUCACCAUUUCAUGGAUGUCCCACGUGCGCUAUGCUCUCGAUCUCAUGCCCUAUUUUUUCUUGUUGCGAGAUACUGCACAUCUCGGCACAUCGAAAUUCUGUACCAGAUUUACAUUAAAAUUUUUAAUUCUUUUUCUUUUUUUGGCCCGCCCGGGCAAGUGGACCCGGGCCACUCUGGUAGCUUAGCAAAAAUGCGAAAACAAAUUAUGUAUUGCUAGAAGAUGGGAAGAUGCACCACCUCCGUUACGCAUGUGAACAAACUGCGUACCAACUC